AUGGGAAAAGACGUAAAAAAAGAGACGAGAGUGAAGCAGACGUGGAAGAAACAUAAUUCAAUAAAAAGCGUUCACAAGAAGACAAAACAAUAUUCAGUGUCAAAGGAAAAGAAUCUUUGUGGGAAGGCAAGAAAAUGGUUCGGUCUGAACUCACACAAAUCGUAUGUUUCCGCAAAUUUUCGGUGUGUAUUCAACAUUUUAUUGCCUUCCAUGCUCGUAGUUGAAUCAGUAACAUUUGAAGUAGGAAAUUCUUGUAUAAAACAAGUGACUGAACGUGAAAGAAAAAGGCAGUUCCUUUUUAACAUUCUUGCAGAAUCUUUCGCACAUUAA